UCCACGUUUUCGAUGCUUCCAACUUCGUGUUUGUGUCUGCAGAAGUACGGUGCAUUGCCUAAAGACUAUACGCCUAGAACAAGGGCCGAAGAUUGUAUACUGGAAGUCUCAGAUUCCAAGCUAAUAGUCUCACGAUUGCAAGGAAGAUCACGAUCUCAGAAAUCAAGCUGGACCACUAUUGUAUCCGUACCCUUCGACAAACGAGUCGCACCCGACAAACUCUUUCGAUCGGUCGCAAACAAUAUUUGUGUCUUUCAAUGAAGCGCGGCGCUCUCGAUACGUUCUUCAAGCCAAUAACCCCCAAGAAAGUCAAGUACGAAACUACAGCCAAUGCUUCGAGCCAUACAUCUUACCCCUUCCCAAUACCGCACUUACCCAUCUCGUUCAAGGAGCAACUGGGCUUUGUGCCAGCAGAGGAGGGCGUGCCGAUGAACGACUUUCUUGACCUGGACCUCGUCUACUACCAACCAUAUAUCCCACCAGCCAUCACUGCAGGUCUCUUCGAGUUUCUGCGCCAGGAACUGCCGUUCUAUAGAGUGCAAUAUACGAUCACUCGUUUUGGCAAAAAGACCGACAUCAACACACCACGCUUCACCACAGUUUUCGGAAUCGAUGAUACUUGUCGCUUUGAUCAAAGUGGCGACAUCGUGGACGCUCAGACAGGCAAGAAGGUGGAAGCUUCAAAAUUCAAAUGCGAACCUCGUCCCAUACCACAAUGCUUGGAUGAGUUGCGCAAGAUCACUGAAGGCACUACGGGCGAUACCUUCAACUUCUGCCUAGUCAACUAUUACGCAGAUGGGAAAGACAGUAUCUCUUACCACUCCGACAAUGAGCGCUUCCUUGGUCCGAAUCCAACCAUUGCGUCAUUCACGCUCGGUGCGAAGCGAGAUUUCCUCAUGAAGCACAAGCCUAUUGCGCCGAAAGAGGACGAAACGACGCUGGAUCCUGGGCAGAUAAAGCUCCCGCUUGCUUCAGGGGACAUGGUAUUAAUGAGAGGGAAGACGCAGUCCAUGUGGUUGCACAGCAUACCGAAAAGGGCUGGUGUAGAUGCGAACAAGGGGAGAAUCAACAUCACCUUUCGGAAAGCGCUUGUCAGGGGCGGUACAGAAAACUACUACCAGUACAAUGUUGGUACUGGUGGUGUGUACAGAUGGGAUGCGAAGCAGGAAAAGAUGGUUUUGGGCGAGAAACAGGGAGCAGCGAAGAGUAUCGAGGCGGUCAAAGGAGAGGAGACUACCUGAACGCCUGGAGCGUACCGGGUACUCAUGUUCGAAUCCUUACAAAGUUGCUGCGAAAACCAAAUGCUCUUCGUUCUUUGCAGGUCUCCGCAAAGUCUCGCGAUUGAGUCGUAGCAGGCAGCAUUGUGUAGAAAGACAACAAGAGAUCAAAAGAUCUGAUCAGCUCCUAAAGUCGAAGGGUCCCACAACGGCCGCCGGAAUGGGCUAAGAGGGCGGAGGCUGUGCGUUCACAUUGACCCCGCCAUCCAGGGCUGGAUAGGAGGAGCCUUGUGAACAAUGAAG